UGGAAAUAAUUCUUACAUUUAAAGCGUGAUAUUGACACUGAGUAUUGCACGCAUUUAUUGAUUGAAUGGGAAAGCCGGUUCUAUUUCUUCGAACUCGAGUUCUAAAACCCUCGUUUUACAAUUUAAGAGCAUUUAUUCGACAUUACACAAAUCCAUUUGCAGACAUCAUGUCGACACCAAAAGACAACAAAUUGAUUUGGAAGUUGACACCCGAUAUUAUAAAGAAGUCGGCUGAUGAACUCAUGUCCAAAACCAAAGCGGCUUAUGACGGCGUGGGGGCACUAUCAUCAGAUGCUGUCACCUAUAACAAUGUUGUGAAGGUGCUUGCUGAUAAUGAUUGUGAAUAUGCAGUCGUGCGGAACAACCUGGACUUCAUGCAGCAUGUGUCACCAGAUAAGGAUCUCAGGGAUGCAAGUGUGGACAUAGACAAAAAGCUCUCGGAGUUUGACGUAGAAAUGAGUAUGAGACAAGAUGUUUUUGAUGCUCUUGUCGCUUUUGAGAAGAAAUCUCCCUCAGAGGGCUCAACAGAAUCAAAGAGAUACGUCGAAAGAAUGAUCAAACUCGGCAGGCGAAACGGUCUUCACCUGCCCACAGAAAAACAACAAAAAAUCAAGGAAAUCAAAAAGAGAAUGAGUGAUUUAUCCAUUGAUUUCAGUAAAAACCUCAACGAAGAAAACACAAUCCUUACUUUUACAGAGGAGGAACUCGCUGGAGUUCCUGAAGAUUUCCUUAAGUCUCUGGAAAAGAAUGAAGAUGGCAAACUGAAAGUGACGUUGAAGUACCCGCACUAUUUCCCUUGCAUGAAGAAAGUGAGAAACCCAGAGAUGAGGAAGAAACUAGAGACAGCAUUCAACUCCAGGUGUCUAGAUCCAAAUACAGCAAUUUUAGAGGAAUUAGUAGAGCUCCGAAGUCAGAAAGCAGACAUCCUAGGCUUUCCAACCCAUGCAGCUUUUAUUCUCGACAUGAGAAUGGCUAAAGAUCCCGAAAAGGUGAAAACAUUCCUUGUCGACUUGGCCCAAAAACUCCGCCUCUUACAAUCUCAAGAGGUCAAAGUCUUCCUCGACUACAAAAAAGAAGAGUGUGAGAAGUAUGGGUAUGAAUUUGAUGGGAAGAUUAACUACUGGGACCUACGAUACUACAUGACGAUGACAGAAGAACGCCAAUACGCGGUGGACUCGAAUCUUCUGAAGGAAUAUUUCCCCAUGGAAGUGGUGACCACUGGACUGUUAGAGAUCUACCAGGAGCUGCUGAAUCUCAAGUUUACUCAGGUGAAAGAUGCUGAAGUUUGGCAUCCCGAGGUCACCUUGUACAGUGUGGAAGACCAAUCAUCAUCCAAUCUCCUAGGCUAUUUUUAUCUUGAUCUCUAUCCUCGGGAGGGAAAAUACGGACACGCAGCUUGUUUUGGACUUCAGCCGGGAUGUCUGCAGCCAGAUGGAAAAAGGCAAAUUUCUGUGGCUGCAAUGGUAGCCAAUUUCACCAAACCAACAGAAGACAAGCCAGCUCUACUGACUCAUGAUGAGGUAGAGACUUACUUCCAUGAGUUUGGUCACGUCAUGCAUCAGAUUUGUGCUCUGUCUGAAUUUGCUCUGUUCAGUGGCACCAGUGUAGAACGAGAUUUCGUGGAGGCCCCGUCCCAGAUGUUAGAGAAUUGGUGCUGGGAGAAAGAGCCGCUCAGGAGAAUGUCCAAACAUUACAAAACGGGGGAACCGAUUCCGGACGACCUCUUGGAGAAACUGAUCAAGAGCCGGAUCGCCAACGCCGGGAUGUUCAACCUUCGCCAGAUUCUACUGGGGAUGUUUGAUCAAACCAUACACACUCAGAAGAAGGCUGACACAGCCGAGCUGUUGUCAGAGCUUUCAGAAAAAUACAUGGGCUUUCCUUCCACUAAAGGAACCAACAUGUCCGCCUCAUUCGGCCACCUAGCAGGAGGAUACGAUGCCCAGUAUUACGGAUAUAUGUGGAGUGAAGUGUUCUGUAUGGAUAUGUUUUACACCCGCUUUAAGAAGGAGGGCAUCAUGAGUCCAAAAGUGGGUGGGGACUACAGAAGAUGUAUCCUACAGCCAGGCGGAUCCAAAGAUGCUGCAGACAUGUUACGUAACUUCCUGGGUCGUGACCCCACACCAGAAGCCUUCCUGAUCAGCAAGGGACUUAAUCCAUAAAAACACGAGAUAUGCCUCAGACAUUAUUGAUGCAAUAAAACAGAAGAUUGAUUCAACUGGAGUUACGACCAAGGAUUUCUAUCUCAGUGAUGGAGAGAAAACUCCUGUUAAAAAGCUCAAAAAUGUUUUCUUUAUAUACACCAGAAAUAUGAUCAACAAGUGCUAUCAAUUAGGAACUGCAACUUUGAUUUAUUUAUUUUGAUAUCUGAAUUUUUUCUUUUGUUGUCAGAUUUUGGCAGUUGUCUAAACAAAGUAGAUAUCAUUUGUGCUAAUGUUAAUAUAUAUAUCCUGUACAAUAAGCUGUGCUGUGUUUGUUGUUUUGUAUCAGGUGAGUUUUAGCCUGACUAUGCAAUGUAUGCAUUCUAUUAAUUAAUGAAUCGAUGUGUGAUGUUCACAAAUGUGUUUGUAAAAUCAGAAGAAUUUAUUUAUUGAAUAUUGUAUAAUGGUCUAAUUCAGUAAAAUAAAAUCUCACAAACUUUA